AUGGCUGCUUUUGCUUACAAGCAACUGUUUUGCCCCAGGAUCGCUCAUCCCAUCUCUAGAAGGGGCGCCCAAUUCCUCCGUGGCCGGGUCGCGAUUAUUUUGCCAUCCAGUUCGCCCAGCUUUGCGAGCAACAAAACACCCCGGCCGACAUCAUGCGUGCGCUUGAUGCGCCGGACGGCAAGCUCGAUCUCGUCUCGCUCCACGUCGUCAAUCGCCAAAUCGACGUCGCUCUCCACUGGCCCUUUGACCUCGUCUACUUCAAUCGGCCCUUCGACCUCGUCCACUUCAACCGGCUCAACCGGCUCAACCGGCUUCUCUUCUGCUUCUUGGAUGAUCCUUCCGCCGGUCGUCCAACAGACGCCCAUCAAAUCGGUCCCGCGAAAGCGUCGCCGUUCCGGCUAUCUACUCUGCAGUGACCUGAAGGCGAUCGAGGAAGCGGCCUCCAAUGACGAUCAACAGCCCGGCCCCUCGAAUAAGAUGGCCUCACACCACGACGACGACGGCGCUCCCACCACCUCCACUCGUUCUUCGACUCCCCAUCCCCGCGGCCAUGAAAGUGCAUCGAAUGAUGAAAAUCAAGAUGAUCACAUGAAGAAUAGAAAUCAAUUCGAUUUGGUCGAAGAACCAGAAGUUGAUGAUCUCGAGACUAGAGAUGAGGACGAGCAGUUGGUUAUGUCAUCUAAAAUUGGGCCAGGAAGCAAUCAAGUUGAUGUGCUCAACAAAAUUGGCGUUGACGAUCAAGUCGAUUCGUUUGUUGAAAUUCAUAAAGGUACAUGUUAUAAAUGCAAACUACCUGUCGAUCGAAAAAACAUGAUGAGAUGUCAGGCAAAGAAAUGUUUGAUAACUGCAAAACUUGCUGUUGUAGAGUUGUUUUGGUUUAUUGGAAACUGGUUGUGUCUAUGGGCGGCGAAUGGUAUUGUCCCCAACAUGAUGGGCGUCCUGAAAAGCAACGACAUGAGAAUCAACUUCUCUUCAGCUCAGACGAAGGAUCAGGAA